AAAGACAAAUACACCACAAAGAAUGGAAGGUGGUUUCUCAAAAAGACUGCGGUGCCGUGUGACGAUAUUUCCCGCCAAUCCAAUUUAUCGUGCGCAAUGGAUUUCUAUAGUCUCUAAAGAAAGACGAGAGAUAUUAUUUAAACCGCGUAAAAAUUCUGUUCUAUGUUCAAUACAUUUCGACAAAAUCGAUAUUGUAGGGAAAGCACAGAGACGACGACUGCGUAGAACUGCUGUUCCUAAGUUUCAGAUCGCAAAUGCUAAAUCAGAUACGGAAUCUAUGUCGUACGAUCAAGAUGUUGUUGAAGAUUCCGUAGCGCAGCAAAUAGAUGGCAGCACAAAAAUUAAACGCAAAAGAUCGUACCCAGUAAGUGUGAUAGUAAUCAUGUCUACCUUUUUUUUCUAAUUUUUUACAGCUCUAGAUCCAAGCCGUUUUAUCCAACUUUUAAUGA